UAUAAAGUAACGUAAUCUGUGAACCACUGGCUCUACAAUACUGUAUAAUUGGCGCCAAAAGUGACAAUUAAUUUGUUGUUUGUCUUCAGCUAUCAAUUGACGAACAGUUUGUUUACAAAAGUCAAACAAAUUGGUGACUAUAUUAUCAAAUCAAUUAUUUCAUUACAAUUCAUAUCCAAAUCACCACAAGAAUGGAGUUUAAGACAAAUCGAGACUUACGUUUGAGUCAAACAAUUGGAUCAAUUAAUAACCCAAAACGGUUGGCCAAUGAUGGCGAGUAUUGCAUCAACUUUUAUACUUCACCACCGAUGGGAAAGAUAUCGCUAGAAGACGCCGAAGAUAUGGUUACCGAAAGACUCAACCUGUUAUCCAUUUGUGACGAAAUGCUUAAGGGAUUGGAGAAGAGUUCAACAUUCAGGAGAAAUAAGAUGUAUUUUGAAACUCUUGAAAGUCGUCUAUUAAAUGCCGAAUCAAAGUUUGAUAAGAACUUCUAUUAUUUGUCGACAAAAGGAUUGAAUGGCAAAAAAGAUCCCGAAGCCCGAAAACGUGAUAUAACAUCUCAUUGGUUGCUGAGGUUAUAUUAUUGUCAAACCGAUGAACUAAAGAAAUGGUUUAUUAGCCGCGAAUGUGAACUUUUAAGAGUUCGUCUAAUGGAUCCCUCUUUGACACCAAUUUUACCAGAAAUUUUGGCACAAAACGGUUUUAACUAUGAGAAGAUUGAGGAGUCGGAAAAAAAAAGUUUUUUGGAGAAGAUUAGUUGGAAUCUUCUUUCGGUAACAAAAGAAUCUGUUAUUUAUAAAAUUCGUUUCGAAGAAUCAUUAGAAGCCGUUAGAUCCAGAAAAGUCUUUUUGAACAAUGGAUUCGCUUAUAUAUUGGUUCAGGACAUGGUUUCAGUCAUUUGCAGCAAAUUUCGAUCACAACUGUCACAUGCAUUGGCGUUAAGUAAAUUAUAUUUACAUGAGUUAGAAGAAGAACAGAGACUUAUUCCACGUUUGCAUUCUUUGCAUUUGCAUGUGAUUGACAAUCGGAAAAGUAAUGUUAAAUCCGAAGACGAUUCGGGUCGAGAAGUGGUUACGCCUCAGAUGAUUGAUCCGCUUAGCAAAGAGUCAUUUCCUCCGUGUAUGCAAAACAUUCACGAAAUACUACGCAAAGAACAUCAUCUGCGACAUUAUGGACGUCUACACUAUGGACUCUUUCUUAAGGGCAUUGGUUUAUCACUCGAAGACGCGUUGGAUUUUUUUCGUCAAGAAUUCACUAAAAAGUUAACUCCGGAUAAGUUUCAAAAAGAGUAUUCUUAUAAUAUUAGAUAUAAUUAUGGAAAGGAAGGCAAACGAAUCAUCGGAAAGGCCUACAGCUGUCAAAAGAUUAUUAACGACAAUCCGCCGGCAACUGGCGAUAGUCACGGCUGUCCAUUCAAACACUUCGAUAACAAUAAUUUGAAAAUAUUUCUUCGCAAACAACAUAUCGACGAAAAUAAUAUUUCAGAAAUGUUAGAAAUGGUUGAAAAGGAUCAAAAUUAUUCAAUGGCCUGUUCUAAGUAUUUCUCGUGUAAACAUCAAUGGUAUCCUAAUAUCAAUGUAUAUCAUCCAAAUCAAUACUACACUGAAAGUCGAAAAGCAUUUCAUGUUUCAACACUUACUCCACCACAAAGCGGACAAACAAAUGGUGAUAUAUCGAUGAUUGACAGUAACAAAAUUGAAAGUAUCGAUGAGUCUAUAUUCGACGCUGAAGAUGACUUCGAUCGGUCAGUCGGUGCCAUGGAUUUAGACCUUUCAGUUACCGAACCUUUUGAGAACAAUGAUAGUACACAAUAA